AUGGCAGUUAGUGGAAAUGAAAUUAAAAUUAAAACGCUUUAUGCCAAGAGGGACAUACUUUUUUCACGUAUACAAAGUAUUAGUGAUCACAUAAAGAACAUCAAUGUAGAAGCAGUGCGGGAAACUUUUUUGAAUGAAAUUGAAACGGUAGAUUCUUUGCGGACGGAUUACGAAAGAAUAUUAGACCAAAUUAAUCAUUUGGAAUUACAAAUCGACCCGAAAUACAUAGUGAACUACCAACCGCUUCUAGCAUUUGAAGAUAUGUUGUGUCGCGUGAAAAGAACGGAGAAACUCUUACAAUCUCAAAACGAAGCAAAGCCGGAAAUACAGGUACGUCCACGUAACUCAAUUAGGUUGCCGCCAAUAGAUAUUCCGGUAUUCAAUGGUGAUAUUAAGACAUGGCCCUUCUUCUUCAGUAGUUUUCAAAACAAUAUACACAAUAACCCAUCGUUAUCGGACGCUGAAAAAUUAUAUUAUUUAAUUAGUAAACUUAGUGGCAGAGCACAGUCAAUUUGCUCUGGUUUUACACCUACAGCAAACAAUUACUUGUUAAUACUCGAAACGCUUAAAACUAAAUAUGAAGAUAGGAGAAUGUUAGCUUCCGAAUAUUUGAACCAGAUAUUCGAUCUUAAACCUAUAUCAUCCGCGAACAUCAACGGCUUAGAGCAGUUCUUAGAUAUAUUUGUGGCAUCGGUAGCUGCACUUAAGAAUUUGAAAUUUAAUGACCUUAUGGACGUGGUGUUUCUCCAUAUUGCACUAAAGAAAUUAGACCCCGACACCGUGCGUGCGUUUGAAAUGGAGCAUCGUAGCUCGGAGAUGCCUUCCUUUCAUUCAUUAGCAUCGUUCGUGCGAGAUCAAAUAAAGGUGAUGCAGCGCUCUCCGAACGUUAAACAGGAGAUUAAAGGGUGCGUCGACCGUAGACAGACUCAACCAUCUAAAAUAGCAGGGUCGUUAAGUUACGUAACCGCUACGUCAACAUCACUUCAGCAUACUUGUAUCGUAUGUAAAGAUAAACACGGUAAUUUAUAUAAUUGUGCGACUUUUCGUAAAUAUUCACCAAGCGAACGUUAUAAAUUAGUAAAGACAAACAACCUAUGUCUGAACUGCUUAAGUGAUAAGCAUUUAGUUGCAAAAUGCAAUUCGAGUUCCGUAUGUAGCAAGUGCGCCAGGAAACAUCACACGCUAUUACAUUUUGAAAAUAGCAACAUAGCAGCGUCAAGUAAAGCGGAUAAGGAAUUCACCCCUACUAAAGUCAACGAUUCUAGCGGUCGACCUGGUGAUGUCGCUCUGUGCUCAUUGGCAAAUAUGGGAGCACAACCUCCUUCAACCGUGUUACUGGGUACGGCGCGUAUUGUGGUUAGGGAUUCGCGUGGAAACGAACAAGGCGUCCGUGCACUGCUGGACAGCGGAGCCCAAAAUAGCUUUAUAACGCGACAAUGUUGUCAGCGCUUAGGCUUAGUAAUAAAUAGGUCACUUUCAUGUCCUGUAGUCAAAGGCAUCGGAGGUACUAGUAAAGCUACCCAGGGACAUAUAAAUUUAAAAUUUUAUUCUCGGAUAGAUCGUAAUGUUAACUUUGAUAUAAAUGCACUAGUAGUGGAUAGGGUCACUGAACGGUUGCCAACCGUUUCGGUUGACACCUCGGCAAUGAUUGAAUUUAAAAAUUUGACUCUAGCGGACGACACUUACGCCGUUCCUGGAAACAUAGACAUGCUCAUUGGAGCAUCGCUUUUCCCUCAUCUUUUGUUAAACAAUAAGGUCAGGGGCAACUCCUCGCAUACCGCGCCUUACGCACUGGAAACCGUAUUGGGCUAUGUUAUCGUUGGCUCCGCCCCCAUCAUAGAUAGUAUUUCGGCAACCUCUUAUUGUGGUAUGGCUGUCGAACCGCUCGAGUCGUUAGUCCGCAAAUUUUGGGAGAUGGAGGAGGUGAACGUCCCACCCAUAGCUAGCUCGGAUGACAGAUUAUGCGAGGAAAUUUACGUCCGCACGACCGUUCGUGAUCGCGACGGUAGAUAUAGUGUAGCGCUGCCCUUUAAAGGAGAUGUUUUAUCUCUCGGCGAUUCGCGUCAAAUGGCGGAAAAACGUUUCUACAGCUUGGAGCGUAGGAUGCUCGCUUCACCCCAGUUAAAGGAAGCUUAUGACGGCGUCAUUAACGUAUAUAUAAGAGAAGGUUACAUAUCACUCGUGGCUUCGAAAUUAGAUAACUACGAAGACACACCGUCGUAUUUCAUACCACACCACGGGGUCAUUAGGGAGGACAAACUUACAUCUAAGUACGUGUAG